UAUGCGUCUAGUCUCACUGCUGCUGUCACACAUGAUCCACCCUCUUCUCUCAUUUUAGAGAUUCUUGUCAUCUGUUCCGUUUGGUGUUGUAGUUUUCCUUUUUGGUCUUUGUUGAAUCCCAAUGUGUUGUUCUCUGUGGCUGGGAAUAGAGGCGGCUGAGUGACCCAUCAAUAACUUCUUGGACAUUCUUUUGUCUCUCCCUUCUCUCUAGGGAUUUGCUGAUGGUGGACUUGUAGGGUGGAUUCCAUCCAGACCAAUCAACAUACUCUUGAAUUUUAAUCACAGUCAAUGUCUGGGAUCGUUUUCAGUUCUACCUUCCCUCUACCGCAUUCCACUACGACAUCAAGGCCAAUUGUUAAAAUGUCUGCAAGUCAAGCAAUAAAUCCCAGUUCCAGAACACUGUUCAAGUCAAUGGUGAUAAAGCCUCCUUCACAUCCAACCUAUGAUAUGGCAGGCAUAAUUAAGCUAGCCCUUGCUGAAGAUGCUGCGAACAUAGGAGAUGUGACUUGUAAGGCAACCAUUCCUGUGGAUAUGGAAGUGGAAGCUCAUUUCUUGGCUAAGGAGGAUGGCAUUGUUGCUGGAAUUGCUCUUGCUGAAUUGAUAUUUGAUGAAGUUGACCCCUCUCUAAAGGUGGAAUGGUCUCGAAGUGAUGGAGACUGUGUUCAUAAAGGACUGCAGUUCGGAAAAGUGUCUGGGCGAGCUCACAACAUUGUAGUAGCUGAAAGAGUGGUGCUUAACUUUAUGCAGCGAAUGAGUGGAAUAGCUACCCUGACCAAGGCAAUGGCCGAUGCCGCACAUCCUGCUACGAUUUUGGAGACUCGAAAAACAGCUCCAGGGCUACGUUUGAUUGAUAAAUGGGCGGUACUAAUUGGUGGAGGAAGAAACCACAGGAUGGGGCUUUUUGAUAUGGUGAUGAUCAAAGAUAACCACAUAUCAAUAGCCGGUGGAAUCAUCAAUGCAAUUAGAUCUGUGGAUAGCUACUUGAAGGAAAGCAACCUUCAAAUGGAGGUUGAGGUUGAAACCAGGACACUUGACGAAGUGAAGGAGGUAUUGGAUUACACAUCUCAUACGAAGUCCGCCUUGUCUCGGAUUAUGCUGGAUAACAUGGUUGUACCGCUGCCAGAUGGUGAUAUUGAUGUGUCUAUGCUCAAGGAUGCUGUACAAUUGAUCAAUGGCAGAUUCGACACCGAGGCAUCAGGAAAUGUUACACUUGAGACGGUGCACAAAAUUGGACAGACUGGUGUAACCUUCAUUUCCAGUGGCGCGCUGACGCAUUCGGUGAGAGCGCUGGACAUUUCGUUAAAGAUUGACACAGAGUUGGCGCUCAAAGUUGGAAGACGGACGAAAAGGGCUUGAUGCUAUUAGGGAUGACGAAUCGAUGAUUCAGUCUCAGAGUCAUUUACAUUUCUAUAUGAGAUGGAGGAAGGCCGAAAUGGAGAAGCUAAAGGCAAAAUCUGAUAUGCUUGCUUGACUAAUAAAUAUAGUAGUAUCCCACUCUUUGGAUUACUAUUACGAGAGAUCGACUUGACGUGACAAUUCUAAAGGAAUCCUCAAUGUUAUGGCUUAAGAGGCCAAUCAAACUCAUUUUGCAAGAGGGAUUAAUUUUAGUUACUAGCUUAUGUCAAUAAUUAAUAUUUAUCGUGCCCUAAUAACCCUUGCAGACUCGCACCCAUUUUUAAUGAGGGAUGCUAUAGUCACUAUUGAAUCCAAUGCGAGGUUAUGACUAUCUUAAAUAACACGAAGUGCAUUUA